AUGGACAAUGAUAAGGGAAAAGCGACAUGGGAUCCUUACACGACAAAGAUUCCAAUCAAUGUUUGUGCCGAGCAAAUAGUGCACAAGGAACGACAAGGAACAUCAUUUACAAGGCCUGGUUGGGGAAAAAUUGAAAAGAACUUUCAAGAAAGGAGUGGGAGAAUGUAUGACAGAAGGCAAUUGAAGAAUAGAUUUGAUAUAUUGCGAAAAGAUUGGAAAUUGUGGGAUAAACUGAUGUCUGGAGAGACUGGGAUUGGUUAUGAUGUAGCCACAAAUAGGAUUUUAGCCUCCGAUGAGUGGUGGCAACGAAAAUUACUGGUUGACCCUAAUUUCAAGAAAUUUAGAUAUCAGGAGUUGAUGUUUGCAUCAAAGUUGCAGAAAAUAUUCAAAGAUGUUGUGGCUUCGGGAGAGUAUAUGUAUGCACUAUCAGCCUCACAGCCCCAGUCGACACUUGUGACACAGGCUGGUACAGAAGAGGAGGAGGAUGUUUAUAGAGUUGGCCUGGACCAACAGGAAGGGUCAGGGGACAGUGAAGAUGGAAAUUUUGGAGUUGACCCAACAGCCACUGCAGGAUUCACCGAUGACUUUGCCGGUUGCAACUUAAACACCCCUACGAGUACUGGACCAAGUGGCUCAGGAAGCUAUGGAAAGAGGAAGAGGGGUGAAACAUCUGAUGUAAAGAAGAAGAAAAAAGUUUCCGCGUCUACUAAAAUUUCUGAUAGUCUUAGUGUUAUAGCAGCUGCUUCUGACAAGCGAGCAGCGGCACUGGUUGAAGAUCCCCAAGUAGUUGACAAGGUUUUAGCACACCUGACUACCGUUGAGGAGCUUAAUGCAUGUGCCAAGAUGCUUACGCGGUUGAGGUGGGCUAGGCGAGCCUAUUUGGGGUUUAUGCAUGAUAGAAGGAAGUUGUUGGCGUGGUUAAUACCGGCAGCACAAGAUCCAGACACAUGGAAGUAG